GCUUCUUCGACUACGCGUCAACGACUCACGAAUGCUAUCCACACGUGUAAGGAGCGGAGUGUAUCACAGAGGACAUUUUUCAGCCAUUUAACUUGUUUUCCGUGAGUAUAAACGUAUUCCUUAUAUGUUGAAUAAUGUAAACAAUACUCUUUAGAUACACAGCGAGUUACUGGCCAGCUGAAAUCUAUACUCUGGGGCAAGUUGUUCCUGAAUGCUAGUUUGAUAGCUAACAGGCUAGCUAAUGUUUACUCGGCCUUAUGGGGUAAAACUGUCAUAAGUUUAGAGGUUUGAAGGUCGAUUAUUUCUGAAAAUCGUAAUGGAAGUACCAAGAUAGAGUGACAGCCUGACUACUUUACUUUGGAUUUGAAGGGAAAUAUGUCAGAAUUUAAGUCUUAGGUAAUUUGAGCAACAUAUAGUGUACUGUGCUUUAUUGGUGCUGUCUGUUUUUUAUUUUAAUUUUAUUUAUUUAUUUGAUUUUCCUCUAGGAUAAAUAAAGUAUCUAUCUGUCUGUCUGUCUAUCUAUCUAUCGACACAUCAUGUAUAACUAUCAGAUUCUAGUCGUAGAUCCAGUCUAUUUAGUGUUUUAACAAUUUAAUUUACUUCAUAUUGAAAGUGUGUUUGUUUUGGCUAAAAAGCUGUCAGCAGAUAAUUUCACUCCAUGUUUUUUACAGCCGUAAAUAAAGUGUGUGCCUUGUUUUUCUUGUCAGUGUUUGAGAACAUUGAAAUAACCUUUUUUAAAACUGCUUACUAAACAACAGGAUAUUAAUGUGAAAGCAAGAUAGUUAAACUAAUAUUUUUUUCUCUUUUUUAGAUUUGUAGAUCCUUAAAAUGGCCAAAAGCCUGCGGAGCAAAUGGAAGAGGAAGAUGCGAGCAGAGAAGAGGAAGAAAAAUGCCCCAAAGGAGCUGGCUCGACUGAAACAAGCUCUGGGUCUGGAUAAGAAAGGAGAAGCUGUCAUGGCUGAUGUGGAGGAGAUCGCAACAGUGGUGCCUGCUGCCAAGAUCAAGAAACAGACAGAUGUGGAGAUGGGAGAGGGAGAGGGUGAUGGUGAUGGUGAGUGACACAAUUGCAUUUAAUUCAACUGAACCGUGUUAAUCAGCAUUUUUUUUUACAUCGUUCUCCUUAAUCUUUUUCUGUGUGUUACAUACAGAGGGGAAGAUGGACAUGGACAGCAAGCGUAACAAGGCGACGUUGUUGGAUGAAAACGGUCAGUACCCCGUGUGGAUGAAUCAGCGACAGGCAAAGAAACUGAAAGGCAAGCGGAUGGCAAAGAAGGGCGGCCAGGGCAAGAAGAAGAAGAAGGGGAUCUCCUGGUGAGCCAAAGGAGGAAACACAAGGACUUAAAGACUUUUGAUGCAGAAACAUAGUGUGCAUCAUAUCAUGUAUUCUUUUAUACAUGAUUUCUGUUAUUCCUGCUGCUGGAUCUCGUUCUCUUCAGUGGAUCGGGGUUUGUGGUUUGGCAGAACUUGAAGUGACUCACUGCAGGAAGAUGUUUAUUCUUGCAGGAGAGCAGCGUCAUCUUAUGUUGGGACAAGUUUUGAGGAAGUAAAGCUUGUGCAAAUUAUACUGUACAUGACCUUCAGCUUGUCUUAAUCCCAGCCCUUUGUUGUGACUUGUUGAUCUCCAAAAUGACAGAUCAAUGGUUUGUAUCGUCAAUAAUAAAUCACAAUAUCGUUGGAGUCAGGCUGCA